GUUAACCUAAAAGCCGUUUAUCGUCAAAUUUUUGCACAAUUUUGCCUAAUAAGACCAAAAAUGGUUGUAAGACAAUACGCGCAGGAACUCGAGUACUUGGAGAAGCUAAAUCCUUACUGCUGGAGGAUUAAAAAAGGUUUCCAGCCUAACAUGAAAGUGGAAGGUAUAUUUUACGUAAAUGCACCCCUGGAAAAAUUAAUGUUGGAGGAGCUUAGAAAUUCCUGUAGACCUGGAAUGACAGGAGGGUUUUUACCGGGGGUGAAACAAAUCGCGAAUGUGGCUGCACUGCCUGGAAUAGUCGGGAAAAGUAUUGGUUUACCGGAUGUGCAUUCCGGGUAUGGUUUUGCCAUUGGCAAUAUGGCUGCAUUCGAUAUGAAUGAUCCAGAAUCUAUUGUGUCUCCUGGUGGAGUUGGUUUUGAUAUAAAUUGUGGAGUAAGGUUGUUGCGUACCAAUUUGUUUGAGAAGGAUGUUUUGCCUGUUAAAGAACAGUUGGCACAGAGUUUGUUUGAUCAUAUUCCUGUUGGAGUUGGGUCCAAAGGGAUAAUUCCAAUGAACGCAAAAGACCUAGAGGAAGCCUUGGAGAUGGGCAUGGACUGGUCCUUAAGAGAGGGCUACAUAUGGGCCGAAGACAAGGAACACUGCGAAGAAUACGGUAGAAUGCUGAACGCUGAUCCGGCCAAAGUCAGCACCAGAGCUAAAAAACGUGGCCUACCGCAGCUAGGCACCUUAGGAGCCGGAAAUCACUAUGCGGAAAUCCAGGUUGUGGAAGAAAUCUACGACAAAUGGGCUGCUUGCAAGAUGGGCAUUGAAGAAAAGGGCCAAGUUUGCGUUAUGAUUCACUCUGGUAGCAGAGGUUUUGGCCACCAGGUGGCAACAGAUGCUUUGGUGUCAAUGGAGAAGGCAAUGAAAAGAGACAACAUUGAAACAAACGACCGUCAGUUGGCCUGCGCGAGAAUCAAUUCUCCUGAAGGCCAGGACUAUUUGAAGUCCAUGGCUGCAGCAGCCAAUUUUGCCUGGGUUAACAGGAGUUCUAUGACCUUCCUCACAAGACAGGCUUUUGCCAAACAGUUUAAUAUGGCCCCGGAUGACUUGGAUAUGCAUGUAAUUUACGAUGUUUCCCAUAAUAUUGCCAAAGUUGAAGAGCAUAUUGUGGAUGGGAAACAGAAAACAUUAUUAGUUCACAGAAAGGGUUCAACAAGAGCUUUUCCUCCACACCACCCCUUAAUCCCAGUGGACUACCAGCUCACAGGCCAGCCUGUACUAAUCGGGGGUACCAUGGGGACGUGCAGUUACGUUUUAACCGGCACCGAGCAAGGGAUGCUGGAAACGUUCGGGUCUACGUGCCACGGAGCAGGUAGAGCUUUAUCGAGGGCGAAAUCCCGGCGCAACAUAGAGUACACGGAGGUUCUAAGAAAACUAGAAGACAGCGGAAUUUCGAUUAGAGUCGCUUCGCCAAAGUUGGUAAUGGAAGAGGCCCCUGAGUCGUACAAGAACGUCACUGAUGUAGUCAACACUUGCCACGCUGCUGGCAUCAGCAAGAAAUGCAUUAAGUUAAGACCCAUUGCUGUGAUAAAAGGUUAGAAAUAUAAAUGGUUUUAUUAUUACACUUGCAUUUAUCUCUCAUGGA